ACACACCCCUGCACUGCCUGCAGCCGCCAGUCUUCCCCUCCACCUCCGCCUUCCGGAGAUCCUCGCGGCGCCCUUCCAAGCCAGUGCGGGCUCGAUCGGCAGCUGCCAGGCGGCGAUCCAGGGCGGCACGGGCCUGGGCGGGAGCCCGAAGGCGCGGCCGGCAUGGAGGCGCUGCUGCUGGGCGCGGGAUUGCUGCUGGGCGCCUACGUGCUCGUCUACUACAACCUGGUGAAGGCCCCGCCGUGCGGAGGCAUCGUGAGCCUGCGGGGCCGCACCGCAGUGGUAACGGGCGCCAACAGCGGCAUCGGGAAGAUGACGGCCCUGGAGCUGGCGCGCCGAGGAGCUCGUGUGGUGCUGGCCUGCCGGAGCCGGGAGCGCGGCGAGGCGGCAGCCUUUGACCUCCGCCAGGAGAGCGGGAACAAUGAAGUCAUCUUCAUGGCCUUGGACUUGGCCAGUCUGGCCUCAGUACGGGCCUUUGCUACUGCCUUCCUGAGGUCUGAGCCACGGCUGGACAUCCUCAUCCACAAUGCUGGGAUCAGUUCCUGCGGACAAACCCGUGAGCCCUUUAACCUGCUGCUGCGAGUAAACCACAUCGGCCCCUUCCUGCUGACACACCUGCUGCUGCCCCGGCUGAAGACAUGCGCCCCUAGCCGCGUGGUGGUGGUAGCCUCAGCUGCCCACCGGCGAGGGCGCCUUGACUUCACACGCCUGGACCGCCCGGUGGUGGGCUGGCAGCAGGAGCUGCGAGCAUAUGCCGACAGUAAGCUGGCCAAUGUAUUGUUUGCCAGGGAGCUCGCCACACAGCUUGAGGGCACUGGCGUCACCUGCUAUGCAGCUCACCCAGGGCCUGUGAACUCAGAUCUGUUCCUGCGUCAUGUUCCUGGAUGGCUGCGCCCACUUUUGCACCCACUGGCUUGGCUGGUGCUCCGGACACCAGGAGGGGGUGCCCAGACGCCCCUGUACUGCGCUCUACAGGAGGGCAUUGAGCCCCUCAGUGGAAGAUACUUCGCCAACUGCCACGUGGAGGAGGUGCCUCCAGCUGCCAGAGACGACCGGGCAGCUCACCGGCUGUGGGUGGCCAGCAAAAAGCUGGCAGGGCUUGGACUGGGAGAGGAUGCUGAAUCGGAUGAAGACCCCCACCCUGAGGACUCAGGGACCCCAUCUUCUCUGAGCAGCCCCCACCCUGAGGAGCCCACCGUUUCUGAACCCUAUCCCAGCCCUCAGAGCCCACCAGACUUGUCUAAGGUCACACACCGAAUUUGGGUUAAAGCUGAACCUGAGCCCCAAGCCUCUUAACCCCCCGGCUGGGAUGCUUGCUAUGGCACUUGGUGGCCCUGGAAAACCUUAGUGUGUGCCGGUCCCUGGCCUGGCCAUGCCAUGGAGGAGUUUGCAGUUUUUACCUCCAUGGUUACUUUCUGGGGGCUUCAAGGUAUGACCUGGACAGCUCUUUUCCUAGUGGAAGGAAAUAUAGGUGGUUGUUUCUUCCUGAGAGUGACAGUAAGCCUAGUUUGAGAAGCUGUGUGUUGCGUGUAGUGUGCCAGACACUGCUUCUCAGGAAUUUGUCUUCUUUGUGAGGUCCCACCCUCAGUGAUGCUGAGCAGCCCUGGAUGCAGGCCAGGGAAUCUGUCACUUGAUGUACUGCCAAUAUUGGGAAUUACUGAACUGGUGGCAACCACGUAGCUAGUCAAAUUAUCCCCGUUUUACAGAAACAAGGGUAGGCAGCAGAGAGAGAAAAAUAUCAACUUGUUGUUCCACCCAUUUAUGCACACACUGGUUGAUUCUUGUAUGCACCCUGACUGGGAACUGAACCCACAACCUUGGCUUACUGGGACAAUCCUUUAACAAGGUCAGAGUGUCUUAACCUGGGAUUGUGGAUGAAUGUAGAGGUCUGUACGUUUGGAUGGGGAGAAAAGUGCACUUACAUCUAGUGACUCCUAUGAUUAUGAAGGCCGGUGACAGCCCGUAAUGGUAUUAGCAGAUAUUUUCCUACUAUACUGCAUGUGUUGUAAUACCUUAAAAAUCAUUUAUGGCCCAGCUGGCAUGGCUCAGAGGUUGAGUGUCGACCUUUGAACCAGGAGGUUGCGGUUUGGUUUCAGGUCAGGGCACAUACCCAGAUUUCUGGGCUGGAUCCCCAGGGUGGGGCAUGCAGGAGGC